AUGUUCUCACGAUUUCUUUCUUCUGUGCACCUCGCCGUCCUCGUCGUUGUGCUCAGCGUCGUCGGUCGUGUCGCAGGGCUUCCCCAGCCGGUGGAGGGCGCACCUCAAGCGCCCACUGCUGAUGAGCUUAUACGCGCUGCCGAGACUGGCGAGCUCGUGAUCGUGCCCGGCGAGGGCCUGCCCUCACUCGAGUCCCUCGGGCUUACCUCGCGCGACAUCGUCGUGCGCACACUCGAGCGCCUCGACGCUCUCAAACAAGCCGAAGAAGCCAACCGAGAUGCGAACUCGACCUCACUCACGAGGCGGUACACUCCUACAUGCAACUGGAGCACGACCAUGGCAUUCUACAAAUCUUGGUUCUGCUAUGACUACCUGCACUCCAUCGGAAGCACGACGUGCGCCGUUCCGUCCGGUGGAUCGCGGUUCUGCCAUUCGGUCUCGGGGUCAGACGACGUUGCGUGGUGGGGGAAUGUGAAUGGGGUAUCUUACACCCAGUCGAGUUGGUGA